AUGUCUGCCCCGACGUCGACUGCGCCGAGCGCCGCCUCCUCCGCCAUCCCUGCCUCAGCGACCAGCACCGGCUCUUCUAGUGGCAGCGGUCCAACAAGCUCACCUCUUCUGUUCUUCGUUGCCCUGGGCUUUGGUGUUGUCUUUACCAAUUUAUGGAUUAUAGUCGGUGUGAAGUAUUGCUUCCGCUACAACCAGCGUAAUCGUCAGCGUGCACUCGGUGAAGAUGGUAAUCCCAUAGACCUUAUGGCCAUGCCUCGCGCCCACAGGCGCCGGAGGGAGAAGAAACUCAUGACUAUGGACGACGUUAACGAGCGCUUCCCUCUCACCAAGUACAAGAUAUGGAGAGCUUCGCGCGAGGCCCAUGGACUGCCUACCGCUGGCGGUGUCAGUGCUGCCCCGAGUCGCGCUCCAAGUAUUCGACAAUCCAAUCCACCAGACGUGCACGAGUCGCCUCAAUCUCCUCGCACUACUCUCGAAAUGGCUCAGCAACACCAUGUCAAUACCAUUACCGCUGCCCCAUCGACUGCCGCUGCCACUACUUACGACAAGUUUCCGUUAGAAAAGGCAGAGACUGUUGCGUCCUCUAUGCAUGAACACGACCACGAGUCCGACGAUGAAGACGAUCCAAUCCGAACUGCCGCGCCGCCCGAGAUGGUUGCACCACCUGGAGAUACUUGCGCAAUCUGUCUGGACAACCUCGAGGAUGACGACGAUGUCCGCGGUCUCACUUGUGGCCACGCCUUCCACGCGGCGUGUCUUGAUCCUUGGCUCACUUCCCGUCGUGCAUGCUGCCCUCUAUGCAAGGCCGACUACUAUAUUCCAAAGCCUCGUGCUGCAGAUGAUGCCGACGAGACUGGCCGUAGAGAGCGCGGUAUGCGUUUACCUUCAAGCCCUGCCGCUGCUUGGAUUGGUUCUCGUAGAUCAGGUAACACGGGAAGGAGGCGCAUGAUGCUAGGUGGUCCAAGAUUCCUGGUCGCCGAAACUCACACCGAUCAGCAUGGCUUCCCACAAGUUGUGCAAGGNGAUCCGAACCCAACCGAUCGACACGAGUCUCAAGGCGGUUGGCUCAGUAGACUGCCCCGGUUCUCGAAUCCUCUUCGACGUGGGAACAACACGAGGCAAAACGACACCACAACUACUACACCAGGCGAUCUUGAAGCUGGAACUUCGAGAUGA